GGCAAUGUGAAUAGGACAAACCACGGAGUAAUGUACUUUGAAACAACGCUUGCAUCGGAUUAUCAGAGUGUUUCAUCAGAGAAUCCUCCAGCUAAAAAGCUAAGGACAUGCACGCUACGAUCAGUAAUGAUGUAAACGCAGAGAAGCUGUGUGCCUGUUACGAGCCUCAUGUCUGUCUGACUCGAGAUGCUUUAGUCCGACUGCUUGACAAUAAUGGCCCUGACUUUGCAGACCAAUGGGAACUGCCUAUUUGGGUAAAAUUAAACCCAGGGAAAGGUAGUCGGAGGAAGACUGUGUACAUAGAUUCACCUCUUCUGAAGACUGAAAUGACAGUGAGAGAGAGGAGUCAUAUCUACCACGAGGAGAGUUUGAAGCUCUCCAUCAAUAAUGAAGGAAGUAGAAACGUCUUCCAUGUAAUGACAGAGCUUCCCGUGAAAGAGCAGCAGUUCUCACCAGAGAGCUCCAGAAGAAAUUUGGUGUCCUCUGAAGACAAUGGUCUUGACUUUGAGGUUGACCUCACUGACCUGGAGACGUUUGGAGAAAACGCAACCACUAAAACCGUGACCACGCAGAAGCUGGAGAACAAGCAGGAUGGAAGUGUUCAAAGUAAAAAAGCUGUAAAUGACAAGCUUUCAAAUGAGACUAAAAGGUUGAGUGAACCUCACAGCAGUUCACAAGAGGAGGUGAAGAGCUUUGUGAGCCGUGUGCAUGGUUCUGCAACUGAACCUGCUCAACCAGCUGUGAGUGAGAAGACUGAACCAGUGAGCCAGGACUCUUCCCAGGAAACUGAUGAAGACCUGAUUAUCACAGGAGACUCAGACGAUGAGAAGCUGGUCAUUGAUGACUGUGGGUCUUCAGCAUCAACACCUACUGCAGACCCUCCAGUGAACCCCACCCCCGAGUCAGCCUCCUUAAUUUCAGACUCGUCUUCCCCACAUACAGGUGCAACAUGCAGGCCACAAUCCAAAAAGUCAAAAGUCACGGGGGACCAGCUAGGUGAGAUCCUACGCAUGCAAACAGCCAUGUUCAAGUCUGCCGCUGACACAGCCAAAAGCUCUUUUAAAUCACCUACCCGAUGUGUGGGAUCUUUGGUUCACCCUCAUCCAACAUCCCUGGUUAAACCCUGUGUGUCCUCAUAUUUGGAGAGAAACCAGAACGAGGAUGCGGAGACCUGUGCUGUUCCUUGUGAAGCGUCGGUCAUUAGCAACAACACUGCAGAGCACAAAAAAUUACUUUCACAAGAGCUGCAAUCGAGUGCAGAAAACGAACAGGAUUACGAGGCUCCAGUAGACGGCAACCUCUUCUACAAGCUCUACAGCCUGCAAGACCUGCUGCUGAUGGUGCGCAGCUCCGUCUCUUACACCUAUACAGCAAAAGUCGACGACAGAAACGAGUUUGUGCCAGUGUUUAUCUUACCAAAGCUGGAGUACCAACUGAGUUAUGGUGUUGAGUGUCUAACCAGCAGUGAGGCGUGCCAGCUAUGGACAGAGAGCCUGCUUCACUCCAGCACAGUGUCUCACUUAGCUCACAUCAAUGCGCACACAUCAAAAGUAGUGCGGCGAAAAAGGUUGCGUGACGACUGGAUGCAGAACAUCUCCUGUGGGUUAAAGCCUUCCAAGUCACUGAAUAUACUGCACCACCUACUGAAAAAGCUAACUGGGUUAGAAGAAGGACAAUACCUGAUUGUGCACAAAGCAGGAGAACCGUUUGUCACCAUAUUUAAAGCAGCUGAAGGAAAAGUGAGUCGGGCAGCAUACAACCUGCAGCAGGUCCACGGCUCUGUUCCACAACCCCCGGCCUCUAGCCUCGUGCCCUGGAUACCUGUCAAUCCAGCGGUGGUCCUGCACUUCCACAUGAAACACAACCGGGUCCCCUGCACCUUUCCACCAAAACCCUUCCUAAAGACAACACAAGAUGGGACACCGCAGUCUUACCACCCUGGAGCCCGACGGAAGAACAGCUUCAAUGCACAAGGCAAUGCAGGGCACAACCAAACAAAACGUACAGCCAGACGUAAAAGAUAUAUGAAGAAGAUACUUCAGAAGUCUAUUUAAAGUCUCUUAUCACAUGUGAUCAUUUUCUGUUGUCCAUAUUUCAUAUCACAGUAGAUCAGUCAGAGCUGGACCUGUAUUGGACAGGAAAGGAACCCACUGACGAUAUUCAAGAUUCGUAUCGGAAAUACAGUAUCUCCUUGCAUAUAAAUGUGAAUGCUGAAGCACUUUUACAGUAUAGAAUCUGUUCUUUAAAUAUAUGUUUUGCUUGGAGAAGUUUUGUAUAUUUUUUAAUAUUUUGUUUUGUAAAACCAGAGCAACAAUAAAGUUUGAGUGUUCAUUUGGGAA